GGGAGUGUGCUGGUCUAUGUAGAGAAGAGAGAAAGAGAACGACAGAGAGAGGUUGAGGAAAAUCUACCACCUCUAUCCAUCAGCUGAGCAUCCUGCGGGAAGUCACUUCGAGCGCGCGAGCGGUCGGUGCGGCAUUUCUGUCCGUCCGAGCAAAUGGAUCAUUAAACACCGCAGGAUGUGACCGAGGGACCCAAAUAAAACAAAUAAACUAUUAUUUUCCGCGGCUCCAAUCACGCUGGUGAUUCCUUUAUUAUUUGAUUCUUUCACUUUGGUUUUUGUUGUCUCUUUUCAUCAUUAAUGUGCGGAUGUUUCGGCGAACACUUUCGAUGUGAUGUCAGGAGGAAAUGUCAUAAAUGUUGCUGAAUGAAUGAAAAGUUCAAAGAUUUUUCAUGGAUGGGGUUUAAUCUAAUGUCAAGCUGGUUGUGAAGGUGUUUGAUCUGGUCCCCUCGACCCCAGCUGGAGUCCCCAUGGCUGCUGGAGUGGCAGCCUGGCUCCCCUUCGCUCGGGCGGCGGCCAUAGGAUGGAUGCCCGUGGCCAACCUGCCCAUGCCUGUCGCACCAACCAAUAAGAACAAGCAUCAGGAUGAGAUUAUUAUCCUCAAUGUCAGCGGCCGACGCUUCCAGACCUGGCGCAACACGCUAGACCGUUACCCUGAUACGCUUCUGGGGAGCUCUGAAAAAGAAUUCUUCUUCAAUGAGGAAACUAGGGAGUAUUUCUUUGACCGAGAUUCGGAUGUGUUCAGAAGUAUUCUUAACUUCUACCGCACAGGCAAGCUGCACUACCCACGCUACGAGUGCAUCUCUGCCUACGAUGAGGAGCUGGCGUUCUUUGGAAUCAUUCCCGAGAUCAUCAGUGACUGCUGUUACGAAGAGUACAAGGACCGCAAAAGAGAGAACAUAGAGCGUCUUAUGGAUGACCUUGAGGACAACAAGGACAGCAAACUCCCCAACAUGACUUUCCGCGAGACCAUGUGGAGGGCCUUCGAGAACCCGCACACUAGCACCAUGGCGCUGGUUUUCUACUAUGUAACCGGAUUCUUCAUCGCCAUAUCUGUCAUCACCAAUGUGAUUGAGACAGUUCCUUGCAGUUCUAUGCCGAAUCAGAGAGACAUCCCCUGCGGUGAGCGCUACACAGAGGCAUUUUUCUGCAUGGACACAGCUUGUGUAAUGAUCUUUACGGUGGAGUAUCUGAUGCGACUGUUCGCGGCACCCAGCAGGUACCGCUUCAUGAGAAGUGUGAUGAGCAUUAUCGAUGUGGUGGCCAUCUUACCGUAUUACAUUGGGCUCGUCAUGACCAACAACGAGGACGUAAGCGGAGCCUUCGUCACGCUACGGGUGUUCCGUGUCUUCCGGAUCUUUAAAUUCUCCCGCCACUCCCAGGGUCUCCGGAUCCUUGGCUACACGCUGAAGAGUUGCGCGUCCGAGCUCGGCUUCCUCCUCUUCUCCCUCACCAUGGCCAUCAUCAUCUUUGCCACAGUCAUGUUCUACGCUGAGAAAGGCUCCUCAUCCAGCAAGUUCACCAGCAUCCCGGCCUCCUUCUGGUACACCAUUGUAACCAUGACAACGCUGGGGUAUGGAGACAUGGUCCCUAAGACUAUAGCAGGAAAGAUCUUUGGCUCCAUCUGUUCUCUCAGUGGGGUGCUGGUCAUCGCUCUGCCUGUUCCCGUCAUCGUUUCCAACUUCAGCCGCAUCUACCAUCAGAACCAGAGAGCUGACAAGCGUCGGGCUCAGAAAGUUCAGAAAGCCAGACUAGCCCGAAUGAGAAUUUCCAAGGGUGGCAGCUCUAGCGCCUUCCCGCAUAGCAAACGAAAUGGACUCAACCAAUCACUAGAGCUAACGCUCCCCUAUUACAAGAUGAAACUUUCACCACAGGGCUCCUUAGAGGAGGACCAGCAACUGAAGAAGACCACAUCUCUGCUGGAGAGUCAACAUCACCAUCUUCUGCACUGCCUGGAGAAGACCACGAAUCAUGAGUUUGUGGACGAGCGGCUGUAUGAACAGGGGUACCUGCAGACAGCACUACAGAACUUCCCAUCGCAGAGUCCAUCUCUCUCCAGCGAAGAGGGCAUCACAGGCACCUGCUGCUCUCGGAGAACCAAGAAGAACAUCCAGCCUCUCAGUGCCACACACACACACUCACACACGCACAACCUGCAGGAGCUCAGCGCCUUACACAUCCAGUGUGGGGAACAGCAUCCACUAAACACCAGUCGUUCCAGUCUCAAUCUGAUGUCGGAUGAAUCAGGGAGUCUGAACUGCAAGAGCAGUGGACUGGUUACCACGGCAAUCAUCAGUAUCCCAACCCCUCCCUCGAACAACUCUCGAGCCAGUCCCAACGCUCCGCCCCCUCCAAACCCAGACGCUCCACCUCUUCCGAACCCUGGCACUGAUGUGGUGAAAAUCUCUGCGCUGUAGGAGAAAGCAGAACUCAGGAAGAGAAACUGAUGAGUAGCCUGCCCCCUAGUAGGAGAAGGAGUGCACUGAAUCAGACUCCGUGAAAGAAAUAGAUCAACAACGAUGCGUCUGUGUAAAUGAGAGAGAAGGCGAAAGCAACAGCAGGACGACCAUGAGUAUUCGAUCACUCUCCAUCAGGACUGAUAAAGAUGAGGGUGUCACUGCAGUGUCACUGUGCAUUAAACCUUUCGUCUUCUUUUUCCUCUUAGUUUUCCGUUGGGUCAUACUGUUUUUUUAAAUCGUCAGAAAGAUUAAUAUUUGACUAGAGAUGGAGGCAAGAGGUCAAGCAUUUGUUUUUAUCCGUGAAUCUUGUUUGUUUAAUAUCAGUCCAUGAAUCUGUUCCAACAUUGCAGACAGCCUCGGCUUUCUUUAUCCCAAUUAAGUUAUAUUUUGAUCUAGAAUAAUUCCUAAAGGAUAAGAGAAAAUCUGCUUUAGGUCAGAGGGAGACAGUAUUUCUUAGACUGUGCUUAGUUUUUAUUUUUGGAAUAUGUAUGAUUGGUCAGAAUUAGGUCUAACUUAAAUGUUUUUGCCCCGCGUGUAUGUAUAUGUGUAUGUGUGUGUGAGAGAAUUACUGAAUCAUCCCUCAAACUCUCAGCCUCUCACACAAUUCGUGCCUCUCAGGGGGAGGAGAGUUUCCGUCUUCUUUAAGCCACUGUCUCUCCCUAAGUCCAAAACCUUGAGCCGACUUUGUAACGUUAGUUGUGGCCUAUCAGACAUUACUAUGUAAUAUAGAGAAAAAAAGAGAGAGAGAGAAACAUGAAAGUGUUUUUAAAAAACUCUGUGACUACAAGCACAAGGCGUCGCUGAGAUUUUGUGAUUACAAUGUGUAUCAAGCCUUGGUUUAACUGUGAAUAUUGUUGAUAGAAUAUUUUGUAAUAUUUAGCCAUUGUUUGGCAAAACCAGAGCAGCUGCCUACCCUGCCCCCUUUUCGUCUGCCCUGCCGUUUUCUGUCUGCCCCGCCCCUUUCUCUGUCUACUGCUGGCCUGCUUCCUGUAGUUGUUCUGAUCGAAGUGUUAUUGUCAUUAUCGCUCAACUGGUAUUUAAAACUGUCUAGUUUGCGUAAAACUACAUGGGUAGGAAACUUUUGAUGUUUGUGUUUUUUUCAUUAACAGUGAAUGUUUUUGUUAACUAGAUUUCCAGUCAUAUGUUGCUGUUAGAGGAGAAACUGUCAACCGUACAAAUCAAUUAGAGAUAUUCUCCAUCUCUUUUCUCUCCCUCUAAACUCCCUACUUUUCUGUCUUUGCCUUUAUUUGUCAGCCAUGUUCAUGAGAACGGCAUUGCCAAUGAGAGAAUUUGUACUCGUUAGUGGAAAGUCCGUUUCGUCCGUGUCGUUUACAAUUCACUGUCCUCAAAACUGCCAGCAAUCAACCGCAUGAUCCCCUGAGUUCCACCUUUUGUACCAUAACCCCCAUCCCAGGACUCUAAACCCCACCCAUCUCCUUAAAGGGUUAGUUCACCCAAAAAUGAAAAUUCUGUCAUUAAUUAC